AUGAAUAAUCUCAAUAAGUACGACGAAACCCUCUUUAUACCUAUGCAGGCCAUUGCUGGCACCCGACGCAUACGGUCCAUUUCUCAGAAAAGUAUGGUGAAUUCAUCUGGUGGAACUUAUCAUCUUUUCCAUGCUCAUAGUCUCAAAUUAGCACUACAUCUCUGCGACUUCUGUGGCGAAGCGUACAGACGCCCGGACGCGAAGAGUAGGCAUCAGCCGAAAUGCCCCAAGAGGAAGGACGAGGCGCAACAGGACGACCACACGGGCGCGAACUCCACGGUUGUGCGCGAGUGCGGAGAAACAGGGUCGAGUACAAACGCUACGAGCACGAGCGGGACGGUGGCGAAAGGCGCAUGCAGGAACACGACAAAGGCAGAUUCUCCCGUGGCCCCCCGCGCGGAGACGCCUAAGCGAGCUGCGCGCAAGCGCGAGCGGUCAAUCUCGGGGCCGCGCGAUGUGCCAGUCAAGUCGCGCAAGACGUCGGCUGACGCGCCCAGGAGGCGGGACGAGUCACAGGGACGGCCGGUCGCCCCGCCAGAAGCACCAACAAUCGCACGCGCGAUCUCUCCUCUACCGACUCGUAUGCCGCUCCCGCGACCCUUCCCCAGAUUCUUCCUCGCGAACACCGAGGAGCUUCACGAUGAGAUUGACCGGCAGAAGACGCGCAUCCGCGAGCUCGAGCAGGCGCUGCGAGACGUGCAGAAUGGCGUGAUCGGCAAGCCUGCCGAUACACCUACCAGGCCCGCUGAAGCUCGUCAUCGGGACUCCAUCGAUACUCAGCGGCGGGCUUCCGUCGCGCCAGCCGCUAUGCGCGGGGAUCCAUUGACUCUUCGUAGAGCGUCUUUCUCCAGGCUCGGCUCGUCGACUCCCACGCGCGAGGGGUCCGUCGAGACGCUCGUACCGCGCGAAUCGUCGGUACCCCCACGUCAUGCCUUUAUGCGCGAACGAUCCACAUUCUCCAACGCGUCGACCCGCCUUUCUCGUCGCGACUCGCUGGCCACCCCGCCUCCCUAUACACCGGUGGAAGGGAUGUCCAGGCGGGCAUCCUUUGCCUCGCUCGCCGCAACCGACGAGGGAUCGGACGCGGGGGACCGUGUGUUCCAGGAGGCUGUCGCUAACGCUGUAGCGACCUAUGGCGAGGACUACCUCGACGAUUUCUACAGGCGUCAUAACGACCACACCGACGACGAGGGCACCGUGCAUGGUGAGGGGACGCCGUUCAAGCUCCCUGGCGGGUCGGGGGACUUUGAGUUGGUGGAGGAGCGCGCUUACAACUCUGCGCCGUACGAUGGCGAUGACGAUGCGGAGGAUACUGAGGACGAGGACUACGAUUACGAUUACGAUGAAGAUCACGACGACUGCGACGAGGAAGACAAGGAAGAGGUGGACGAGCUGGACUCGGAUCACGGCGAGGAGGAUCUGGCGGAGGAGAAAACUGAUGGGCCCGAGUCCAAGGAUGACUUUUAGGGCGCUAAUUCGCUUCACUGAUCUUUUCUAAGUUAUCAUUACGAUAUUUUCUGCCGACCGCCUUGAACCGCUACUUGGUUACCGAUACUCAAUGCUUGCUUGUGACUCCGAUAAGCUCUCCCUAUAAUCAGUCUAUGUACUCUCGUUUUAUUUUUACCGUACAAGCCUGCACUUUACCUACGCCCCACUGUCUUUACAGAACACCUCACUAAUCACCCAUACCGUACGAUACUCUCCCGCUUCAAACGGCAAAUCCUUCACGAACCAAGACAGUAUACUGCAGCUUGUGUGUUCUCAG